AUGGUUCGGUCUUAUCUACCGAUUCUUGUUUCAUUAAUUAUUUUUUUUAUUUCUCUUUACGUUAAUUCACUUGUUCAAGUAUGGGCCGAUCGAAAUUCACCAGGAUGGAUACCUGCUUUACCUGAUAUUGGUCAUCGUCUAUUACCCUAUUGGACUUAUUUUCAAAUAAAUAAUUAUUAUCUUUUAACAUCAUUUGUCUUAGUUAUUAUUCGUUAUAUAUUUCAACGUGAUAUACGUUUAAUUGUUUUUCGUCGAUGGCUUUUUAUUCAAGCUAUUUUAUUUUUUAUGAGAAGUAUAUCAAUAUAUGUUACAUCAUUAAGUGUUCCAUUGCCUGGUUGUAAUACAACAGCAACAGGUUCACCACCUGUCGAAGCAUUUUAUAUAAUGUUUUUAAUUCAUGAAACAUGUGGUGAUGUUCUUUUUUCUGGGCAUACUGUAACAUUAACAUUAUGUGCACUCGCUUGGACAACUUAUUCUAAAGGUGAAGAAUAUUAUCCGAUACGUUGGUUAUGGAAUAAGUAUAAGAAAAAUAAUCAAGAAAUAAAACGUGGUAAACCUGGUUGGUUUUAUCCAAAAUUAGAUGCAAAUGGUGAUCCAUUAUCAUUUUAUUUAACAACAAUUCUUGUUUGGAUUUGUACAAUAAUCGGUUAUUUAUUUAUAAUUGCUACACGAUUUCAUUAUACAGUUGAUGUUUUUCUUGGUUUUCUUCUUUCACAAUUAACAUGGAAAACAUAUCAUUAUUAUAUAAAAACAUUAGCAGAACGUCGAAGUAUUAUAAUAACUAGAUUUUUUCUUUGGUUUGAAGGAUACGGACGACCAUCAUUAACUGCUCCUGUAAGUUUACUUACUGGACCAACAACUGUUAACGAAGGUACAACAGACGAUAUAGAAAAUUCUAGUCAAGUUGUACAUCCAGGUGAUGCUAGUACUGUUUAA